UGUGGUCCACGUAAAAGAACUCAGUCAAAGGCUUGUUUUAGAAAUUUCCGAAAAUAGAUGGAAUCAUGAAGUAGCCGUUGAACAAAAAGGUAAGUGUUUAUAUAUUUGAAGAUAAAAACCAGUUAUCUUUUUUUGUUGUAAAAUGAUAAUAAUAAUAACAGAAGAUUAAAAAUAAAACAAACAACAAUAUGCCGAAGAGUUCGCCCUCCCGCUGUCCAAAGUUAGUUUCCUCCUCCACAACACAUCAAUACGCGUCGCCAUGCUCGCUCUCUCCCUCUCUCUCGUCCUCAUCUUUCUCGUCUUCUGCAUCUCUCUGUUUCUGCAAGAUAGCGGCGGUCAAUCUUCUCUCUAUCUCUCUCUGUAUUCGUGUGUAUACACACUUGUGGUUAUCUGUUUUCGCUGAGCGAUGACGGCGCGUGGAAACCGUUCGACUAUAUGCCUGAACGAGAAAUGGCGAAAGCAAAACAAGGAUUGCAAAUCUCGUGCCGUGAGGGUCUUCGAAAAUGCUGAUAUUAAGCCCAGACGGGCUAGAUUUUACGAGCGCUCUCUCUCCCUCGUUUUCUUACUCUGGUGCUUCCUCUUUCUGGUUUACUCCAAGCUUGGUCUUGGCCAUAAAAAUGGAGAUGGAACUGGAAAUUACGCAGAUGGGUCGGUUUUGGAAAUCCAGAAUUCCACAAGUCCCAAUGGUACCGUUUUCUCUCAGGCGACAGCGAAAGAUAGCAACUUUUGUCUAAGGAAGAAGGGCCAGCUAGAGGAUGUGUUUGAGCAUGCUCUGGGAAACAACACUUUGUUGAUCUGCAGAGUCGUGCAAGAAGAGAGAACAAACAAGACUCUCGAAGCAUAUGAUUCCGGUAUUGUCACCUUUGAUGAAAAGUUCUGUGAAGUAAACGGUUCCACCGAGCCAACGGAGCUUGUAAAUGUGACCCAUCAUAGGUUAGAGCCGGAUGGAAUGGGGUAUAAUUUCGCUUCUGCUAUGAAGGGUGCAAAAGUCGUGGCCCAUAACAAAGAAGCGAAAGGAGCCUGUAACGUACUCGGGAAAGAUCACGACAAGUAUUUAAGAAACCCGUGUUCAGUUGCAGAUAAGUUUGUGGUGAUCGAGCUCGCUGAAGAGACGUUAGUUGACACUGUAAAGAUUGCAAAUUUUGAGCAUUACUCUUCGAAUUUCAAAGAGUUCAGCUUAUCAGGCAGCCUGAAUUACCCAACUGAGACAUGGACGCCGGCUGGCAGUUUCGUGGCUGCAAAUGUGAAACAUGUCCAGACAUUUCGGCUUUCAGAACCCAAAUGGCUGAGGUAUCUGAAACUGGACCUGUUUAGCCACUACGGUUCGGAGUUUUACUGUACUCUGAGUGUUGUAGAGGUCUACGGCAUUGAUGCUAUCGAGAGAAUGCUUGAAGAUCUGUUUGUUGCAUCUGAUACUCUCCCAGGUAGACACACUGUGUCCGAACUGAACCGGGAAGUUGAAAUCACUGGCGAAAAACGAGACAGGAAAGUGAAGGGCAACGGAACAGUGCAGAUUGGGGAGGAAAUCGAUGCUCAGAAGAAGAAAGAUGACAUUGUGAAGAGCGGGAGCUCGAGUGACAAGAAACACGAGUUCAGGGAGAAGCAUAACGUUUUGAAAGUGUUGAUGCAGAAAGUAAAGUCCCUCGAGAUGAAUUUAUCGGUUCUGGAGGAGUAUGUAAAGGAAAUAAACCAGAGGGAACCAGAGAUUAGCUUGGAGAUAAACAAAACCCUAAUGCUUGUGGAGGAAAGCAAAGCUGAAAUCAGACAACUCAUGGAUUGGAAAGAGAAGACGGAAAAGGAACUCAAAGACACAGAUCUAUGGAAAACCCUUGUGAUUUCCCGUGUAGAAUCGUUGGCCAGAGAUAACAGAGCCUUGAGAUCGGAAGUGGAGAAGAUUGGAAGAGAGCAGGCAUAUCUAGAGAGGAAAGAGCUUGGAAUUCUCUUGAUAAGCCUCUUCUUCGUGUGCUUGGCAACGAUCAGGUUAGUCUCCACUCGAAUCCGGGCCAUUCUUGGAGCUUCUUGUACGGACAAACCGAGGCCGAGGCCAGAUAGCGGUUGGGUCAUGAUACUUCUCAGCAGCAGCAUCUUGCUUUUCAUCACUUUGCUCUCUUAGUAGGAACUCACUCUCAGGGUCUAGGGUUUUAGAUGUGCCUUGCCUCGCAAGUUAUUAUACCCCUUCAGAUUAGGAGGAAGAAUUAUUUCUUAAAAAAAAUAGAAUGAAGAAAGAAAACUACUAAAAUGUUUUUGGAGGUCGAAUUUUAUUUCCUUGUUUU